AUGGGUGUCUAUUGGAUUUGGAGUUUCUGGAGUCGAGUUAGACGAAGGAUGUUUUAUGGAAAAAUCAUGAGGACAAUUUUUGAGAACAUGACAGACUAUGAUGGAUCCGACGCAAGCUCAUCUCAUGGUUCGGAUUCUGGUUUCGAUGAUUCCGGUUUACAAUGCGCUUGUGGGUUGCCUGCCAAGCUACGUAUGUCGCAGAGCGCCAGGAAUCCAUUCCGAUUGUUCUACAACUGUCCCAGGAGAUACGAUCAAUGCGACUUCUUCCGGUGGUGCGACGAGCCAUCUCUAACUGGCGAUAGACAUGCCGAUGAGCUGAACUUAAUCCGCCACGAGUGCACGAGACUGCAACGGAUGUUCAUGAAAGCCCAACAGGACCACGAGAACGACAGGGAGAAGUGGGAGAUGCAGAAAGAAGAGCUGAUGUCUACACUGUGUGAAGUUCAAGCUGAGCUUGAUGAAUACAAGAGGAAGGUUAAAAUGGCCGCUGAGUCUGAUCUGAUGCCACCGGUUGAUCCGAGGUGGAGCAGUGGCAGGGAUGAAAUUGACUUGGGUGAUGAUGCAAUUGAGAUUCAUGCUAUAUAG